GUAACGCCCAGGCGCCGGGAAGGACGCCGUUGCUGGCUGGCCCGGCGCGGAAGGCUCCGGACUAGGCUCGGGGCGGGCGGGUUCGCCAUGGAGGAGGGCGGCGGGUUCCGCCUGUCAGCCGAGUGCCUGGACGAGCCCCCCAACAGCCGCGUGUUCCUGGUGCUGGGGAAGGACACGGGGGAGGCGCUGAUCCGGGAGCGCUUCGCCCCGUUCGGGGAGAUCCAGGACAUCUGGCUGGUGCGGGACAAGCGCACCCACGAGUCCCGCGGCAUCGCCUUCGUCAAGUUCGCCCGCAGCUCGCAGGCCUGCCGGGCCAUGGAGGAGAUGCACGGCCGCAGCCUGGCGCCCGACACCAAGCCCAUCAAGGUGUUCAUUGCCCAGUCCAGAGCUUCCGGAAGCCACCGAGAUGUUGAAGAUGAAGAGCUUACACGCAUCUUUGUUAUGAUACCGAAGUCUUAUACAGAGGAAGAUCUGAGGAAUAAGUUUAAGGUGUAUGGAGACAUUGAAUAUUGUAGCAUUAUUAAGAAGAAAACCACAGGAGAAAGUAAAGGUUUGGGCUAUGUGAGGUAUUUAAAACCAUCCCAAGCUGCCCUGGCAAUAGAAGAGUGUGAUCGAAGUUACAGGGCCAUUUUGGCUGAACCUAAAAACAAGCCGUCUGAAUCCUCUGAGCGUGAAUAUUACAGUAGUAGCAGUAGUAUGAGGCAGGAGCCAAUGGGGCAUGAACCUAGAGGGAGUGUAUUUCCCUUUGAAGGACAGCCAGAAUUUGGUAGUUUUGAAAAGAGUCAGACAAGAGUUCGAGAAUCCGUUUCCAAACGCCUGUCAGUGGUAUCGCGACUCCCCUUCGUACAAGAGCAGCUGUUCUUCCUCUUUGAUCUAGUCCCAGGACUGGAGUAUUGUGAUGUUCAGCGAGAUCCACAUACUAACCAUGGGCAUGCUGUGAUUCAGUAUACUACUGCAGCAUCAGCUAUAUAUGCCAAAUACAAGCUACAUGGUUUUGAAUAUCCUCCUGGAAAUCGUCUAGGUGUAACUUUCCUUGAAGAUGGGAGCGACGGACUGGACCACAUCAGAAAAAUGGCAACACAGCUGGUGACUUCACAGGUGUCAUCAUUGGUGUCACAUAAUAAUCUAGUUGGUCAGCAAUAUACAUCUUCUCAACCUUACAGCGGAAGUUCUAGCUCUCAGUUAUCUCAGCCCCAAACAGAUGCUGUACUUCCAUCACGCAAAAAAAAGGUUCCACCUGAGACUUCUGUGAAGGAAAGGCUUUUCAUAGUGUUUUAUCCUCAUCCCUUACCUGUAAAUGUGUUGGAGGAUGUAUUCUGCAUCUGCCAGGACUAUUAAAAAGGAGGAAAAGUACAGAUGGGGGAAGGGCAGCACAAAAUCAGAUAUUGUGUACAAGAAUAAAACUUACUGUCAUUGUUAAAUUAUCUUGUUCAAGAUAUUGUAUUGGUAGGCUGCGGUGCUGCAACUGCGUUUACAAAGUGUAAAUAUGUAAUGUGUAUUUCAGUCCUAUCUUUUUUUUUUCUUUUUUUUUUUUAGUCGGUUUGGACAUCUUAUAGAAGUUUACCUUGUGACAGGAAAAAAUGUGGGCUAUGCUAAGUUUUCAGACAGAACAAGUGCCAGCGAUGCCAUAACUGCAUUACAUGGCAAGAUUGUGAAUGGUG